AUGCGCUUCUGGGUCAACGUUCUGCUUGCUCUGCCGGCCGCGGCUCCGGGCGUGUUUGCCAACCGUCAGGUAGACGGCGAGACCAAAAAUGUCGCCAUUAUUGGAGCCGGAGCUGCUGGCGCCUCGGCAGCGUACCACCUACAACGGUACGCCGACGAGGAGGGCCUCGCCAUCAACAUUACCAUUCUCGAAAGGUCGGGUCACAUCGGCGGCCGUACCGUCACCGUCCCUGUCUUUGAGGAUCCCGCUCUGCCUAUCGAGCUGGGCGCCUCCAUCUUCGUCACCGUCAACCACAUUCUCUACAACGCGACAAAGGCCUUCGAUCUGCCUCUCACCGAAAUGUCCGCCUCCGCCUCCGGCGACAUCACCGCCAUCUGGGACGGUGACAGCUUCGUCUUUGAGUCAACCAAGGGCUCGAAGUGGUGGUGGGAUGCUGGUAAGCUGUGGUGGCGGUAUGGGCUGGCGCCGUACCGGGCUCUCAAGCUCGUCAAGAGCGUCGUCGAUACCUUCCUGAAGCUCUACGACGAACCGAACUUUCCUUUUCGCUCUUUGACCCAGAGGGUGUUUGAGCUGGAUCUUCACAAGGCUACAGCCGUGACGGGUAGCCAGUUUUUGGCCAAGCAUGACCUCAACGGCGAAUUUGCUCGUGAAAUCAUCCAGGCAGCCACACGAGUCAACUACGCCUCCAACCUGGAUUACAUCCACGGCCUCGAGGCCAUGGUUUCCUUUGCGACGGAGGGAGCCGUCGCCGUCGCCGGAGGAAACUGGCAGAUCUUCGAUGCCAUGGUUCGCCGCAGUGGUGCUGCACUGCACCGAAACACGUCCGUCACGGGCAUAACAUUGGCAAAGGGGACCGCGCAGCUCGGUAAAGGUCGCAAGUACAUCAUCUCGGCGAGGGACUCGGCCCAUCCCUCCGACAAGGAUGGCAAGCCGCUGCCAACCGUCUUCGACAAUGUCAUCAUCGCCUCUCCCUGGCAGUUCAGCAACAUCGACGCAGCCGAGGGCAUCAUUAAACAUGGCAUCGACCCGGUUCCAUACACGAAGCUGCAUGUCACCCUCUUCACCUCACCCUUCAAGUUGCACGCCGAAUACUUCAAUCUAAAGCCGGGAGCCAAAGCGCCUAGCAACGUCUACACAACACUCGGCAAAGGGGAGGAGCCCAAGAGGGGUGCAGACGGCGUCGGCAAGAUGGGCUUCUAUUCCAUCAGCACGCUGCGGUCUGUCGUGAACCCGAAGACGAAAAAGGUGGAGUUCGUCUACAAGAUAUUCUCUGCCGAAGCCGUCACCGCAGCAUUCCUUUCCGACCUGCUAGGCACUCCGGUCCCGAACACGUUUGUCACAUCCCUCACGGAUGGUUCGUCCUCGACGGCCGUCCAGCCCAUCUCGUGGUACCACCCGCACUGGUUCUUCUCCUACCCAGUCGAGCUGCCGCGCGUAACGUUCCAAGACCCCAUCGUCGGCCAGGGUAUAUACUACACAUCAGGCAUCGAGAGCUUCAUCUCGACGAUGGAGACGAGCGCCUUGAUGGGUAUGAAUGUUGCCCGUCUCAUAGCCGACGAUUUUGCCGGCUGUUCGCGACCUGGUGGAGCGCCGGAGCGAGGAGGCAAGAAUUCCGAGGGAGACACUCAGGGGAACAUGGACGGCGAGGCUGGCGCAAGUGCGGAGAAUAUUACUAUUGAUGUUGACGAGCUAUAA